AUGAACUUUGUGUUAACGUUUCGUAUUGAGGCUGAGUUGGAGGUAGAACUGCAGAACCUCCAAGAGGAAGUGGCAGUCUACAGAAGCAAGCUCCAGGAGCAGCAGCGUGAGAUGGGCUUCAACUUCAGAGGAAACCUGCUGCUCGCUCUGGAGUGCUGUGUGGCAGACUGCAGUUCAUCAGAGCCUCAGAUGGUGGUGUCGUGGCUACAGGAGUGGUCAGCUGUAAGAGGAGAGAGGAGAAACCAAGAGGAGGAGACUUUAACUGAGAAACCAGGGGGCAGUAGCACCUCUCAGUGGUUCUGUGUAUCUGGAGUCUGCUCUGAGCUCCGCUUCCAGGUGGAGUUUAAACUGUCAGAGCUCAAGUUUGGAGCUCAAACGAAGCGAACGCUAAGUCAUCUGAACAUUGUGAUGGAGGACAAUGUCCUGCAGAGCUUCGGUAGCUUCCUCUCCAGCGUGGAGGAGAACCAGGACCUACUGAUGUUCUUUAGAACGUUGAGGACCUUCUCUGACCGUUGUGACGAGCGCAGCCGAACCUUCUCCCACUUCCAGACCAAACACCCAUCCAUUGUGUCGUUUCCGGGGGGUCAGAGGUCAGAGGUCAUGGUGCUGCAUCACCCUGAACUUCCUGGCUGCAUCCUCCUAGUCCACUGGACUGUGCAGGUAAACAAGGAUGGAGCAGUCAAACCCAGCAUUAAUCUGCUCCCAAAGAUCCCUCAAAACACACUGCAGUUGUUCCAGACAUCGCCUAUUUCGGGUGCUGCUGGGGCCUUCCAUAGUUUGCAAAGGAUUCUGGGAGUUGAAGGCGCUUUGGAGGCGGUUGUUAAGGCAAUGUCUGAGUCAUAUGACCAGGGAGAGUAGCCAAUCACAGUUCAGGAUCAGAAGGUCAGAAGGCAGGUUUAAAAAUCUAAAUGUGCAAUAACAACCAGCAGAAAAACAUCCACAAUUUUGUAUCUUCUAAUAAGUGAUUUUUGUGUUGCGUAUGAAAACCCUUUUUC